AUGCGUGCCAGAAGCGGUUCGGGAGUUCGUUUGGAUCGUUUGAUGCACCUCGUUGAGGAAACCAUCAUAAAGAAUCAAAAUCCCGUCACCGGUCUUUUCGCAAACAAUAAUCACGAUUUUCCUGACCAUGCUUGGGUUAGAGAUAAUGUUUAUGCUGCACAUGCCGUAUGGGGUAUGUAUAGAGCUUACCAGAAAAGUGCAGAUAUUGAUGAAGAUCUCGCUAAGGCAAAUGUUCUUGGCCUUACUUGUGUCAAAAUAAUGCAGUCACUGUUAGAAUGUAUGAUGAGGCAAGCAGAUAAAGUUGAACAGUUCAAACUCCAUCAGAGGAAGGGAGAUGCAUUACAUGCCAAAUAUUCUGUAUCAACUAAAAAUUGCGUUGCUGGUGACUAUGCUUGGGGUCACUUACAGAUUGAUGCGACAUCACUUUUCUUGUUGACACUUGCCCAGAUGACUGCGUCUGGCCUUCAGAUAAUCCGGAACUUUGACGAAGUUAGUUUCGUCCAAAAUCUUAUAUACUACAUAGAAACGGGUUACAGAACUCCGGAUUAUGGUAUCUGGGAAAGAGGUGAUAAAACAAACCAGGGUAUUCGAGAAUUGAAUGCCAGCAGUGUUGGAAUGGCCAAAGCUGCUCUGCAGGCUAUCAGUGAUGUUGGAGACUUGUUUGGCGAUGGUUCUAAAGCAUCUGUAAUUCACGUUCUUCCGGAUCAAAUUCAACAGUGUUCAGCAGUCCUCACAUCUAUGCUUCCUAGGGAGUCAUUUUCUAAGGAAACUGAUUCCGCUUUGCUUGGUAUUAUAUCAUAUCCUGCAUUUGCUGUAGAAGACCAGUCUUUGAUACAGGUGACUCGGGAUACUAUUGUUGAUACAUUAUUGGGCAGAUACGGUUGCAGGCGUUUUUUGCGAGACGGGUACAAGACUCCACUUGAGGAUCCUUCUCGAUUAUAUUACGAUAAUUCUGAACUGCAACAGUUCGAAGAUGUUGAAUGUGAAUGGCCGCUAUUUUUGUGUUACCUCUUGUUAGAUGCUAUGUUUGCUCGUGAUGGUGAGAUGGUUGAACAUUACUGGAACAUUCUGGACAGAGCAAUUGUUGUAAAAGAUGGUUGUCGGCUUGUACCAGAAUUGUAUGCUGUUCCAUUUGAUGGCGUUGCUGCUGAGAAAAGGCAAAGAGGUACGCAGGAAAGGCACAUUGCAGGGACAACACCGUAUUUGUGGGCGCAGUCACUUUACAUACUUUGUUGUUUGUUGUACGAGGGUUUUUUAAAUCCUGCUGAAUUGGACCCUUUAAGUCGACGCCUUUCAGCAUAUGAAAAACGACCUCCAUGUGAGGUGCAAGUGUCGAUUUUGGCUGAGGAUGAAGAAGUGCAAAAGGAGUUACUGUCACAUGAAAUUAGUGUUCAGCAAAUAGCCGAAUUAGAUGAAGUCUUCAGCAUUCAGCCCGCUUCCGUAUUUGCCAAAAUACUUUCACGGGUUGGUCAAUCAAAGAAACUUCAUUUGACUGGGCGUCCGUCAGAUAUAGAUGUUGGUGUUCUAAGUACUAGUCGUCUUUACCAAAUAGGACAAAGAUUUUUUAUUUUCACUCCACAGUUUAUGGACAGACACAGAUCUCACCUUAUGUAUGAUAUUAGAAUCUUGAUGGAUGAAUGGAGUUCUGAGUUGCAGUAUAUCUAUAGCUCAUGGAACUCCACUAGUGUUUCCGGAAGGCCUCUAGUCGUUUUAGUAGUGGCCAAAAAUAUGCUGGAAGGUGACUCUGGUGACAAAAGUGCUUUCCUCAACUCACAUAUGAUGGCUACGGUUGUUGGAACUAUAAAAAAAAUUUCGUCAGGUUAUUUAGGGGGUGCCAGAGUAGUGAUGAAGAACGUUUCUCAGUUUUUCCGUACAACUGCGGUUAACAAACUAGAAUUUGGUGAAGCACACAUUGAAGAGGUGUUGAAUGAAGUUGGCGCUAGUGGAAUGAUUCACCGUAGUCUUCGUACUGCAGAAGUUAGUAGUACAGAAGGACCGUUUUCCCCACCUCGGGUGCAACGCUCACAGUCAAUUAAAAAUCGACAACUGCAAUUUGAAACUGUUCACAAAACAUCUCUUAGGCAUCGAAGUAUUAUCCUGGACAGUGAUGAUGUCGAUCUGGUCUCACUUCGUUUACCUUAUGCCAACAUUCAAGAGCGUAGUCAUUUAUCCUCUGCACAAAAACUUCGGGCUGCUACAACGCGUCUUCUUUCCCCUGUUCGAGAAAAGCAUCGAAGUCCUAAACUUGAAAAUGGUGGUAGAAUGGUGGUAAAUAGUAAUUCUGUACCUACUGUCACUUCUGCUUCGUCUCUGAUAAAUAUUUCCGCUGAGUCUGAUAAAAGGCUAGUUACGGCACAAAUGGAUGAGAUGUCAACACUUAGUGUAGUCGAUAUGUUGCACGAAACUGAUAUUUUGGAAGAACAGGCAUCAAUUGUGCACUAUUUGUGGAUGAAAAAAGGUCCUGAAUAUGAUACCAAAUUGAACGGCAUUGAAGGCUCAACAGUACGAGCUCUUACAGAAGAAGUUUAUGCGAUGGCUUGUGAGAAACGCGAAUGGGCUUUGGUUCGGUUGACAUCUGGGCUGCUGAAAAGGCAGUUAGAUGAACUAGCUAUGUCUGUCACUCACUUGUUAGUUCGACAAAAGCAAAUUACUAUUGGCAUGCCAUCAAAAAAGGAAGAAGCGGUAACCUGCCCAAAAACAAGGGAAGAGUUAGCUAAUAUCUUAAAUCGUGCAUAUGGUGGAGACCCAAAUUCUUUUACGUUGUCGCAGGAGAUUAUUGUGUGUCUAGGCACGUUAGUUCGAACUGAGCCACGGCUUUUUGUGGAAAUGUUUAGACUUCGAGUUGGAUUAAUUAUCCAAGUGCGUUGUUCGGUUUUGGCUAGUGAACUUGCCAGGCUUCGAAGUUUGAGUGCCGCCGAUGCUACACAGAAAUUAUUGACUUUAUCACCUUUUGAAGUUAAAAGUAUGCUUUUCGCUUUACUUAGUGGUAGAUUGCUGGAAGAUGUCAAUGAAGAUGCAGAAAGUGGAGCAAAAGAACAGAGGACUGGUAUGGGUUCAAUACGGAAGCAGAUUGAAGAAAAGAGAGUAAGUUCACGGUCGGGAUCAGUUGUGAGGGCAUCUUGGAGGAAAUCUAUGCAUGAAAUGCAGAAAGAAAGUGGGCUACCACCAGAAACCUUUGAGGAGGAGGAGGAUAUAGAAGAGACUGAUGAUUUCCAAUUCGGUGUUUGGUUGAGGCAUCGUCGUAUUGAUGGAGCUUUAAAUAGAGUCCCACGUGACUUUUACGCGACACUUUGGGAUACAGUCAGAAGGUUCCCACGCGGCCUAUCCAUUAAUCGAAUAGUACUUCCAUGGGGCGUUACGCAAGAGAUGACUCGAAGGGAAAUAAAAUUUGCAUUACAAGUUGAACAAGUGCUGAACCAGAUCGCCGAACCUGAAUAUCGCGAAAUGAUUGUUGAAGCACUCGCUUUAAUUAGCAAGAUUGAUUUACUAGUAAAAACGGAUCGUCCAAACAUACCUAAAGACAAACCUUUUGAAGUUGAUUCUGUGGUACACCUAGCCAAUAAAGUCUUUGUGGAACACAAUAGGCAAAUGGGAACGAUUGUCAUGGAGUGCUGCGCGAGCGGUAGACGCUGUGAAGGAGCCCAAGGUGUCUGUAAGCAUUUUUACGAUUCAGCUCCAGCAGGUGAGUAUGGUACCGCACAUUAUCUUAUCAAGGCUUUAAUGGAAAUAUUUGGGCCACACGAAUGA